AUGAAAUGGCCACAUAGUUACCAUCCUGCUUCUUUCCUGCUUCUCCUUCCCGCCCUCCUGCUUUCAUCCAGCUCACAAGCGUUCCUGCUUCAUCCUACUUCCGUCUCAUCCCAGCUCCCGUUCGCUCUCGCUUGCUCGCCCACGGCUUCCCGGUUCCUCAGCACGUCGGUGACGGGAGGAUCUGCAAGGCAAGGUCUUCACAUCCACCACAAGACGAGUUUCAUGUCAGCGCGGCAACGAGGCUCCAUGGUCAGGAAAGAUGGCGCAGGCAUUCAUAUGUCUGCAAGAGCCGAUGAGGAGCCAAAGCUAUCCUUCUCACAAAAGCUUGUCAAGGGAUUGGAAAAGUUUGUGAAUGCAAACAUGGAGAGGUUUGUUCAAGUCUGUCCUAGAAGCAUCAUGGCAAUUCUUGCAAAGAGUUAUGAGAAGAGGAACUGGUACGAUCGCAUUACCGACAAGGUUAUUUGCGGUGCUUUGCCGUACUCCAAGCUAGUGCCUAAGCUUCCUGAUCUGACGGCGAGGCUUGUGCAGCUGCGCGAAGAAGGAGUGACUCAUGUAGUAAACAUGGUGGCGGAAUGGGGGGGACCCGAGAAGGAAUACCAAGAGUAUGGGAUCGUGCAGAAACGUUUUCCCGUCAUCGACUUUACCCCACCCACUUUGGAGGAUAUCGAGAAUGCAACAGAGUACAUCUCGAAAGUUGUUGAGGGGGGAGGGACAGUGUAUGUUCAUUGCAAAGCGGGAAGAGGACGAGCGGCGUCUGUCUGCAUGGCGUAUCUCAUCAAAGAAAGGAAGAUGUCUCUCAUGGAAGCCCAAAAAUUCCUCGAAGACAAAAGGCCCCACGUUCUCCACAUGCUGUACAAGCGACCAGUCCUAAGGGAGUUUGCUAGCAAGGUGGGGGAACUGGACUAG